AUGUCUUCCGCCGAAGAAAAUGGCCCUCGGAAACUCGACGACGUCGAUGCUCGCUCGAUGUUCUCCCUACAAGAACUAGAUCCAUCUCCGGUGCAGGAGGAGUUUCCGGACCUUGAAAAUGGCAUGCAAACCCCCGACCUGCAUGACCUUAGGCCUGCGUCGCUCAACAGGUCCCCGAGCAACAUCCCGGCCACAAACCUUGGGCUGCGCGGAUAUAACUGGGAUUCUUGGUUAUCUGCACUCCAGAAAUACUCGACAUACCCGCCGACACUAUUCCUGCUGCUGCAUUUCGCCAACACAUCCCUGAUUCCCCUUGCGACUCGCUCAGUGCCUGAUAGCGAUACCUACCUUCUUCUAACGCGGCCGGUCUACCAGGCUCCCUCGCUUGAGCAUCUAGUCCUCACAAUCCCCGGUCUAGUGCACGUGGCCUCGGGGAUUGCUCUCCGCAGCAUUCGCUCCUCUCGUCGCGCUCGGCUGUACGGUGUAGAAUCUAGGUCGCAGAGGUCUAUGUUGAGUUUCUGGCCACGCGUCAGCCUACAGGCACAACUCGGCUAUGCCUUGGUCCCAUUGCUUGGCUUCCAUGUCCUGGUCAAUCGUGUCGCGCCGCUGAUACAUGACGGGGGUAGCUCUGGUGUGGGCUUAGGCUACGUAGCGCAUGCGUUUACCCGAAAUCCAGUUUUCUGGAACGCCUAUUACCUGGCGCUUGUCGCUGUCGGGGUCUGGCAUAUCAUUGGAGGGUGGGCCGCUUGGAUGGGGUGGAGGGUGACGACAGUGCGGAGAGAACGAAUGCAUAAGAAGGGCUCGCUCGAGGGCUAUCUCAAACAACCUGAAAACGAGCAGCGAUCCAGGAGGCAGAGGAAGAUGUGGUGGACAGUCAAUGGCCUCGCAGCGGUGGGAGCCUCCAUCUGGUUGGCAGGAGCCUUGGGGAUUGUAGGGCGCUCAGAACAAGGAUCUGGAUGGGAGGUCAACGGCUGGAAUGAGAUAUACAACCGAGUACCCAUUAUUGGGUCCUGGCUGUAA